AUGCAGCGGGCCGGAGCAGCAGCAGCAGAACCUGGAGGAGGCGGAGGCGGCGGCGAGGCAGUUGCAGCCGCAGCGGCCUCAUACCGGGUGUUGAGCCGCUUACUGGGCUAUGGUGGGGCUGAAUCAGCCGCAGCCGGGUUGGCACUUGGAGGAGCCGUCGGAGAAACUGCUGUUACUGUUACAGCUGCUGAUCGAGGAAGGGCAGGCGGGCUGCGGGGCUCGCAGCUUUUGGUUUUUCGCCCUGGCGAAGCUGGAGAGCCGUCGGGGGUUUCCUCGGCCGCUUGUCUGCCGCCGCCUCCGCCUCCUCAACAGCCAUCCGAGCUACUGUGCGCAAGGCACCGGUGCGCUUUCUUGGACGCACCGAAAGGCGAACCUGGAGGGGGACGAUGCUGGAACGGAGCUGCUGGAGGCCUUCUUUUUCCUCCGGGGGCCGGCCUGGAGUUACAACUGGCCGCUUUGGGGUUACAUCAGGCCCCUGCGACGGUCCCAGGAGGGCCGGGCAAGCCUCCCGCCGAUUGUCCCUGCAUGAGCCUCCUGCCUCCGCCGCCCCUAGCUCCGCCGCCCUCUUUGCCCUUGUUGCCCCCGGGGGAGGAGACUAGUGACGCUCUCCUGGUAUUGGAAGCUCUUGGCCCCGAAGAGGAUGAAGAGGAGGAGGUGGCAGCUACAGGGCAAGCAGAAUCCUCCAAUUCAGCGGGUAUGGGGGGCAGUCGUGUUCAACUCCCCCGGGCAGCAGUCCCGGCUUCUGCUCCCGCUCCGGCAGGCCCGGUGCCCGCCGUCUCAACCAACCGCUGUAGCUCAUCCGCCCCCUCCAGGAAAGGCUCCUUGAAGGUUCGCCUGAGCCGCCUUUUCCGCACCAAAAGCUGCAGUGGACCGUCCUGCAAUCCCGCAGCCCCCACUGGUGCACGUCGAGGGGCCGGGGAGAGGGAGCUGCUGCAAGCCACUGCCACUCCAGCCACCUCAGGCACGGCAGGCAGCCUUCCGGAUGUGUCCCAGCCUGGGUAUCGGGAACAAGACACGGGCAGAAAACCAAGAUUGAUGCGAACACAAAGUGCCUUUUCUCCAGUUGCUUUUGGUCCCCUCUUCACAGGUGAGACAGUGUCACUGGUGGAUGUGGAUAUCUCUCAGCGUGGUUUAACGUCCCCGCACCCCCCGACGCCCCCACCUCCGCCACGGCGAAGCCUCAGCCUUCUGGACGAUAUCAGUGGGACACUGCCUACAUCUGUCUUAGUGGGUCCGAUGGGGUCUUCGUCCCUCCAGUCUUUUCCUCUGCCUCCGCCGCCUCCACCGCACGCCCCUGAUGCAUUUCCCAGGAUCAUCCCAAUCAGAGCUCCAGAAGCAGUACACAGCCAACCUGCACAGCACCUUCAGUGCCCCCUCUAUCGGCCUGACUCAAGCAGUUUUGCAGCUAGCUUGCGGGAGCUAGAAAAAUGUGGUUGGUACUGGGGACCUAUGAACUGGGAAGAUGCUGAAAUGAAGCUGAAAGGAAAACCAGAUGGGUCCUUCCUGGUUCGUGAUAGUUCUGAUCCUCGGUAUAUCCUGAGCCUCAGUUUUCGGUCACAGGGUAUUACCCAUCACACUAGAAUGGAGCAUUACAGAGGAACCUUUAGUCUUUGGUGUCAUCCCAAGUUUGAGGACCGCUGCCAGUCUGUGGUAGAAUUCAUCAAGCGUGCCAUCAUGCACUCUAAAAAUGGAAAGUUCCUUUAUUUCUUAAGAUCCAGGGUCCCAGGUCUCCCUCCAACACCUGUCCAGCUCCUCUAUCCAGUCUCUCGGUUCAGCAACGUUAAAUCGCUGCAGCACCUCUGCCGCUUCCGGAUAAGGCAACUGGUCCGCAUCGAUCACAUUCCAGAACUGCCACUUCCCAAGCCUCUGAUCUCGUAUAUCCGCAAGUUCUACUACUAUGACCCCCAGGAGGAGGUGUAUCUCUCACUGAAGGAGGCUCAGCUUGUUUCCAAACAGAAGCAAGAGGCAGAGUCUUCAACGUAGUGAGGGACCCCCACCACAUCCCUGCCCUGCUGCUGUCCUCAAUGAAAUUUGGUCACCAGUAACCUGUAGCUAUGGAAGCUGCACUGGAGAAGAUGCCUGGCAUUUGCUCUGUCUGUCUCCAGGCCUCCAGAGAAGGUCCAGGGCUCAAUAAGAAGCACAGCUGUGCAUGGAAAUGGGAGCCUUGACCCCAUCUGGUUCCAUAAGGAGGUCGGAAUUCACUGAAACUGGACUACAAGCUCCUGGAAGGAUGGAGAAUGUUAUUUUUCUUGUUAAAUUUCUAUUUUUUGUGCCCCCCCCCUCUUCUGGCAUGGGAAAUUGUGAGCCAAUUUUACAUUUUGUUUACCUGUUGCCAUUUUUGGGAUGGGUGGAUGGGGGGGGUGCAUAUCAGUUUUUGAGACUUAAUGAGCAAAACUGCAUUUUCCAUCUAUUCUGGUUGGAUGCUGCUUUCAUAAGUAAGGCCUAAACUCAAGCUGCAUUCAACUGUAUAAGACUGUUGCACUGGGGAGGGGAAGAGCCAGUGGGGUGGGGGGAGGUCAGAAAAUGCGAAUUGUGGCUUCCUCAUGAUUAAGGAGAGCUUGCUGGAGGAGUGUGUGCACGUGUGCAAGUAUUGAAAGCUGGUCAAGCAGUGGGAAAUUAGCCAGAUUGGAAAAAAUAUGCUGUUGCCUUUGAGUGCAAAUGGGACAUGGCAGUGGAACAGCUCCACAAUGCUACCCAGGCUGUUAGCAUUUGGAAUCAUGGAUGGAUCUCUCUUGCCUUUCCUCCCACCACCACUGAUGCUGGACCUCAUCCAUGGGCUGGCUGUUGUAACAGUGUCAGUAAUCCUAUCAGGCAGAGGUAAAUGCACACUGGACAUCUGAUGCCAUAUGUGAUUGCAAAUGGGCCUUUCAGCCCAUUAACAGCUCCUGACAACUUGCAAACCCAGAUGACCUUCUGGACAAGAAGAGUGAAGGCUUGGCAGGUGAAAGGUGAUGCCUCUUGGACCAUGUAAUGUGAGGAAGCAUGUAUUUUGAAGCACCUUAGCCCCGUCCUGGUGUAUGAGGGGGAAAGAAUGAGCAAAGGUUUGGAGUAGUCAUUCAUGAUCUCCUACUGUUCUCUUCCCCAGCCUUCCCCCCCACCCCCAAAAACACCUGUAAGAUAGAGAAACUAUCUUCCAGCCUUAUUGGGACAUCUGUUCAAUACUUCAACAAAGUAAUAUUGUGUACUAUUGUUCACUGCAACAGCAAGAUUAGGAUUUUGUAAUAGAAAAAAACAAACCAACCCACAACUAUUUAGAAGUGAUUGUGGCAUCUAAGAGGUAACUCUCCCUUUUUGUGUGUGCUAAAGCCUCUUCCAUCCCUUGCUGGAGGUACGUGACAUACGUUUGUUUGUGAUACUUUUUUGAAAACUGUGAGAUCUUAACUUAUUAUUUAAUUUAUUAUAAUUGCUGUUGUUUGUUAAGCUUGUUCCAUAUUAUGUGAUCAAUCUUACUCUGCUGCAUCUUUUAUUUCCAUUUUGUAUACUAGAUACAGCAAACUGAGGUUUUAUAGUCAAUGAGACACUAUUUGAAAAUUUUCUUAAGAAAUAAGAGGAUAAGCAGAAGGUCAUCUUCUAAAGUUAAGUCUUGAAAAAACUUGAUUGCAUCUUUUUUUAAUGAGCAGCUCUAAGCUAGGCCUCUGUUUCUCCCAUUAUUGCUUCAUGAUUUCAACAUGUAUAACACUUGCUCUCAAAUCUCUUUUGUCCUUGUUUUGUUCCAAAACACAUUUCUGAAUUGACUUCAUAUUUACUGUCACAUCAUCCAUCUGUGCUUCACUCUACGCAAAAGAUUCUCUUCUGUUGCCCAUCUUUGUAUGUUUUUUCCUGUUUAUGAAAUAAGUGACUUGAAAAUGCACUGAUCUACUGAAAUCGAACCCUUCCCUGAUGGUCUGUCAUCUCGCAACAGUUCUCACAGCAGCUGAGAUGCUUGUGUUAGACAUGAGCCAGUGAAGGCGUUGGGUGUGUCCAAUGGUAGCGGUGAUAUUAGGGAAAACGGUGUCCUUGAAACUUUUCUGACACACUGGAAAUCAAGUCGCAGCCCUCUGCUGCAAUUCAUGAGGCUUUGGUGGCACCGAAGUUGCGCAUCAAAGUAGCAGCAAAGAAAGCAUUACUGAAAGGACUUGCAAACUUAAAUCUGAAGAAGUUCUUGAACAAGCGAUUAUUCUCCUGGGUGUGCAUUUUUAAAUUUAACAAUCCACUUGGAAGAACAAUCUGUUUUACCCCAAUUAGCAUGGUUUAGAGCUUGUGUGUGGUUGUAAGGGAGAAUUUAAAGACACUGGAAUUUAGUUAAGAAUGACAAGAUUCAAGGGGGAUAAAGGGGAUUCAAGAUUUUGCUCUUGUCUGGACAAGAAAUCUGUUGGAGGCUCUUUGGUGAACAGUUUCAAGGGCCUUGGAUUGUGUAUACCUUGUUCUUAACCUCAUCUCAUCAUAUUCACCUUCUUUACCUCACGUAAAAUGGCAAGCUUUCAAAUAUGUUGUGGACUGGGAGAUUUAUUUAUUUCCCUUUCUUUGUGCUUGGUUCGAAUAAGAGGUGAGACCAAAAGUCCCACAAAGCUAAGGCCUGCACUUUGCAGCAGUGGUGGGGAAAUACUUCUAAAAUCUGGUUCAAACACGCACAAACCUUACCCCAGUGAUGGGCACUGAGUGUCUGCUAUUGGUCGAUCAUUUUGUUGAACUGAACACCUUUAGAGCUCCCUUGCCUGACUACCACGUAGCAAAGGCUGAUCAUGUGUAAAUAAUGUAAAGAAAGUCCCUUGGCUUUCUUGGCUGCUGUUGUGUCCACAUUAGGUCUGUUACAAUGGCUUUCCUGUUAAAGGAACUUCUUUAUUUUUGUUUGUUAAUUCCUCCCUUGUGGGGCUGUUCAAUGAGUUCUCUUUUUGAAAUGUGUGAAUGGUUGUGGAUGAGUGUUACACAACAAGAAUUAAAUUCUGCACUCUUUUCCCCCCUCUGCCUCUGGCUGAACCGUUGCUUUGACAUUUCCUGAUGAGGCAUCUGUUACUCUUUGUAGUAAUAGCUAGGGAUCAGUGAGACCAGUGGUUAACCCAGAAUAAGCUGAUGCUUUUUGAAAUCCCUUUAGAAUCAACUGCCCAUUUUCUUUUUGUAGUUCUUAAUUUUAUUUUCAUUUAUUUUAUGCAGGCUAGGUUUGGGAGCUUCCCAACAAAUUGUUUCCAAAUAGACCUUAAACACCCAAGGAAUCCCUUACUUCCACAAGGGAUGCUCUUCUUCCCUGCAAUAUUCUGGAAUAGGAAGUAAGUUGUAAAUAUUUUGUUCUGCUUCUGGACAGUAAUUUCUCUCAAUCUGAUUAGAAUUUGGCAAGGGUAGGAGCCUAGUUAGCUUUAACUGUGAGAGCAAGAGCAUGCCUAUAAGGAUCUGAUGUAAGCCUUUGCUAGGAUGAAAAAUGGAUAAGGAGGGAUUUGCUCUUGAGUGAGCAGCUUUUGAAUCCUGUUCCAAAAUACAGAAAUUUUCUCAUUUGAGCUUUCAGAACCAUAGCAGCAAACUUUUUGUUUUCUGGAGUCAAAUGUCGAACCUCUUUUUUAUGAGGUGGGGUACAGAUGCAGCUUGUAAUGGCCUUGCUCUUAAUUGCUUUGGGAUUUUUUUCUAACUUAGGUGCUAACUUGAGGCUAAAAUGAGCAGGCAAUGUUUCACAAUUCAGUGCAUUUUUAAAAGAUGCUCAAAGGUGGAUUUUGGAUAUUAGCCCUCAGCCAAAUCUUGCAGAUCAUUGUGAUGCUCCCUUCUAUUCUGCCCAGACCCUUGAUAUCUCUCAAGAACAGCAAGAAACCAUGUGCACUGCAGAAUUAAUUAUUUAUAUUAACUGCCUAAAAGAGCUAGGUACUGUAAUAAAGUUCCUCGGAAGAGCACUUGAUGGGAGGAUUCCAUGCUUUUUUGAAAAGGGGACGUCCCCUGUGGGAUGUCCAAAUGCAAUGGGUUAAAAAAACAUAUCCAUAGGAAUUAUGGAAUAUCUAAAUGGCAUAAAUACUUAUCUGGCCAUGAGAACGAGUCACAGAAAACUAAGAUGACUUUUUAAAAAAUCAGUUAUGUAAGAGUUUCACAGUUACCUGCAUCAUGCACAGUGAAAAUAUGCAGAUGGCAUCACCUUUUGGUCUUGCUAGACUGGUUCUUAAUUGUCUCUCAGCUACCUCCAACUAUAAUAUGUUUGGGAGUGGAGGGUUCCCAGAAUCCCUUUACUUAAGGGGAUUCAAGUUCUGAUCCAGUAAGGAUAGCUGGAUCACUGAAUACAUACUGGGGUUUCAAGCUGUUUGCAUUUUUUCCAAACUUCGGAUUCAUGCUGCUUCACUUAUUCCCAACUCUGGCAACUGCCCCAUCCCCCCCUCGCUCUGCAAGCUGCGCACAGCCCUUUAGCUAUGUAUUCUGUGAACUGCUGUUACUUGACAAGGCUUGGGAAUCCCUAUGUUAGUGCAGUAGACCCAGGAAGAUGAUAAAACCUGCAAGCUGUAAAUGCCUUGGCUUUUACUACAAGACUUGACCAAUUAGCUUUGUUUAGCUUGUUACAUUGACAGGAAACAAAUCCUUCAUAAGUUUAUGGAGUAAUGAAUCUGACCAUGUCAGAGCAAAUGUAAUCUGAUCUAGGCAAUUUCACUUCUUUAAAGUACUACAAGAGCUCUUUCAGAGAUCUACCUAUUUGAUGAAAUAACACUUAAGUUGAUUUUUUUUACUUAAAAAAUGGUUCCAAAACUAACACACAUACAAAAAUGCACAUUUUAUUGAUAGAGUGUAGAUCAAUUAUUGGGAACUUGUUACAGCUUUUCCAGGGAUGCAUGUGCUACAAAACUGACAACUCCAUUUGAUUAGAGAAAGUGGGUGAGAGACAAAACAUUGGAUGUGCAUAUGCCUCAGUGAAAGCUAGUAUAUGUAGGCAGCUUCAGAUUUCUGUGUGACUCAAAAGCCUGCACAUUCUUCCAAGUGUUUUUCGUAAGAUACAGCAUUAGAAGGUGGGGUUUCAGGCUUAUUUUGCUGGGUGUGUGCUGUGUGAGAGAGAAAGUGAGUUUAAAUUAUUAAAUCAGCUGCUGUAAUUUAUUUUUAAACAAUAUAAAAUGUAAACAGAGCAAAAUUCAGACUUUCAGGUCAUUAGUUUUCUUUCUGGAGGUGGAGGAGGAAUGAAAAUAUGUUUUAUAUGAAGAUAAAUGCACUUUGAGUGUGUUUAGGCAUUUUGUGGAAGGGAUCAGGCUAUUUUAUGGACUGGAUUCUGUAUGGCCUUGUCUGUAUAUAUUGUAUCAAUAGGCACGUUUUUGGUUUCUCAUUUGGAAGCAUUUGUAACUACUGCAGGUUUCUGUCUGGAAAAUGGAUGUACUGAACAAUUUUGCCUCAACAUUGGGGUGGAAGGCGCUUUUUUCCCCCUUUCCCUUUUUGGGUAAAUUUGUCAACUACGGAAGAGAACUUUGCCUCUCUCUCCUGUUUGUAUCUCAUUUCUAUUGUGGGUUGUUUUUUUGUUCUUUUGGCCUAUGGGUGGAUGUUUCACAGGGUUGGUGGGGGGUUUGAAAUAAAAUACUUAAAUGGUC